AUACUAAUAAGUCCCAAGUUUUGGAACUGAACAUUUUCACGCUUUGAGCCUCUAGCAGCUUCACUGUACAAUCAUUGUUAGAGCAAUCAUCAAUUCAUUCCACAUAACUUGUAUCAACUAAGUUUGACACAAUGGUGGGAAGAAUAUGGAUUGACGUUGAAGAACGUUACUUCUGGCGCACUGCCGUUGCCCAGUCUUCGAAGCGGGCUGGUAUAGAUCGAUCCAACGGGGAGAAAACAUGGGAUCACCUUGCGACCGAUAUGCAACGGGACAUGACGAAAAGAGGCAUUCAUCGUCGCGAGUAUACUGGAACUAUGCUGUUCGAGCACUACUUCCAGAACAUCGAGGGCCAACGACAAUCCCCCAAUGCAGGCCGCUACGUCCAUGAGUACCUAGACAAAAUUGGACCGAACCGUGCAAUUGCCAACCAAAAUGCUCCGCACUCUCGCCGUAGAACGAAAAAAGGGAAGAAGCGUGCUGCUCGGGCCAUUUCCCCUACUCUUGCCACCCCAACAAGCCCCCAAGAUGCCGCCGAAGAUUCACAGAUAGAAGAUCUACGUGAGGCCCCUUCUUCGGCUCUUAACCCUCGCCAUGGAAUGUCCCUGCGUCCUCUCCUCCCGGCCCUGCCGUCUACACAGAACCAACCCCGCAUGUCACCGGCGAGUCCUCCCGCCAAUGGCCCCUUUCGACCUGCCCCCGAAGAUGCCGACGAGAACGAUACAUGGGGUUAUCAGAUGGGCAAGCGUUAUGCUUCGGGUAACUUAUCUGCCCCAGCUUCCUCCCAAUCUCGUGUGGUCCUUGCCGAUAGAUCCACAAGCAUGCACUCGGCUGAAGAGUCCACUUGGCGCUACCAAGAGCGCAGCGCUUACGCUCCGCAGCAUUUCCCUGCGUCUACCAUGACGCCCAUGCGACCCCCGAGGCAGCAUUAUGGUACCAUGGGCGUCACGAUCACUAAUGACGAAUACAGUGGGUACUACCAGUCGCACCUCCCGGCCACCCCAAACAUGCCUCGCGCGUCAAGAUAUUGGGGUUAUGAAGCCCCUCGUUCCAUUCCCUCUCAUGGAAUGGAAACAGCGCCCCAAUUCUACACCCCCGCGCCAGAUUACAGCUGGCAGUACCAGGUGGCACAUGGUCUUCCGGAGAUAGCCCCAGAAGAGCGGCCCCGGAUGCUUCAGACGCCACAGAUGCCCGUCAUGGGCCAAGAAUAUGGCCAGGGUUUGGCCCAGGACCUUCAUCUUCCUCACCCAGGAUACGACUACGGGUAUGAAGCAGAGAGACCGGAUACUCCCGUAUCAAACCCCUCGUCAUCUGCACUGGCCGAGGCAGCCCGCUCGAGGCAACCUAGCAGCGACAGUACGAUUGACGAAGAAGAAGAGACCUUGUUCGUACAGGAUGAUGGAGGCGAGGAGUACGAGGAGGAGAACAUGGGCGAUGAGGUCAGCGGCGCAUCUAUGCGAGCAGAGGACGGUAACACGGGAUGUGACGCGAUACGUACGUGAUCGCGCAUAGGAUGGAGUAUGGUGAUGGAGUUGUGUAGUGCGGUCCUGUGUAGGAUUUCGCAUGGGAUGGGGUGUUAUGGUUUGCGAUUCUUUUACCUGCUAACUAUUUCCUUUAAGAUUUUCCUUGCUCUAGUUUUCGAUGCAGACGCCACCUUAGGCGUCUUGGGUAGGUAGAUAAAUAAUCCCACCCGCAUCAUUUUCCUUGAAAACUUGGAAGUCUCCA